AGAAGAAUCAGAAACAGAAACCUCAGGUUCUGGGAUGGAUGUUAACUUUCCGAUAUUUGGGUUGUGGUCGGGCAAAUGUGGUGAAGCGGCCAUUUAGACUGUCUUUUCACAGAGUAACAAUAUCAUCCAGUUUCCUAGUGCUCCCCCAGUGGUCAGGAAACCAAACUACCGUUACUCUACUGUUGCGGCGGGAAACACGAAAGAGCCAUCAAUAGGUUCGCCAUCUCUCCCUGUCGAGUUUCGACGUGACUCUGAAGCUGCAGAGUCUCUGCCGCCAGGUGUUUAAGUCCUUAAUUCUGACACCAUAUGAGGAAAGACAGGAGAAGCAAUCGUCGGGUUGAAAAGCCAUCCUUCUUUCAUUUCACUGGAGCAUGAGGGCUUGCCCAAGGUAACAAUUAAUGAUGUACAUCGAUCCGAAGCCCCAACAAGUAAAACAUGUUGCCACAGUGAGAUUUCCACCUCAUUGCUUGGAUGCUUUGCUGAUCUGGUCAUCAGCCUCUGGAAGUCACGCUCCACAGGAUGGCAGACAGUGGAAACCAGUCUUGCCUACAAGGAUCACAAGACACCCUGUCCUUCUUGAAGGAAGCCAGAGUACCCAGAGAGAAUCAGUGCAACCAAUGUCUCAACGCAGAACAGGGCUAACUAUUGUGCCAUGGCAAACACUUGUGACAACACCAAUACAGUGGCAUGAAGAGGUGUGUUUGUUUCAUGUGUGGGAAGAGUGGGCCGGCCUGGAGCAGCUCGAGGACUACCUGAGCUUUCUGGAAUACCUCUUGUGGGUCUUCACCCCUCUCGCUGUUGUUUUCCUUGUGCCAUUCCUCAUUGUUAUCCUCCUUUAUCUCUCAAUACUCUUCCUUCAUGUCUAUAAGAGGAAGAAUCAGCUAAAGGAAGCUUAUAGUAACAACUUGUGGGAUGGAGCCAGAAAAACACUAGCUACCCUGUGGGAUGGACAUGGAGCCAUAUGGCAUGGUUAUGAGAUCCAUGGAAUGGAGAAGAUUCCCAACAGAGGACCAGCUCUAAUAGUGUACUAUCAUGGAGCCAUACCUAUAGAUUACUAUUACUUCCUGGCCCGUGUUAUCAUUCAGAAAGGACGUACCUGCCAUUCUGUAGCUGACCAUUUCCUCUUCAAGAUUCCUGGUUUCAAGUUGCUAUUAGAGGUCUUCUCAGUGAUCCACGGUCCUCAGGAAGAGUGUGUCCGGGCUCUGAGGAAUGGCCACUUGCUUGGUAUUUCUCCAGGAGGAGUGCGGGAGGCAAUGUUUAGUGAUGAGACCUACCGUCUUUUUUGGGGAAAACGCAAAGGCUUUGCACAAGUUGCCAUUGACUCUCAAGUGCCAAUAAUUCCAAUGUUUACUCAGAAUCUACGAGAGGGUUUCAGAUCUCUUGGGACACUAAGAUUAUUUCGGUGGUUAUAUGAAAGAUUUCGUCUUCCUGUAGCUCCAAUUUAUGGGGGAUUUCCUGUGAAAUUUCAAACCUUCCUUGGUGAUCCUAUUCCAUAUGACCCAAACAUCAAUGCUGCUGAGCUAGCAGAAAGAGUGCAGCAGGCGGUCCAGUCUUUGAUAGAUAAACACCAGCAGAUCCCUGGGAGCAUCUUGAGAGCCUUGUUAGAGAGAUUCUACACAAAACGCAAAGAUUACCAACAUCAGAAUUAAAAAUGAUACGUCCAAUUUAUGAUCCGAUAAAUUGGAUCAUAAUUUAUGACCCAAUUUAUCAUUGGCUUAUAUAUUUAUAUUGAUCAAAAAUAUUUUAACAUAUAUUUAUUGUUCAUAUGAACUUUAUUGUUUAUAUGAACCUUAUGAACAAUAAAGUUCAUAAAUAUGAACUUUAUUGUCCCGGGGGAAAUUUGUCUUGGGUUCAGACUCUGACUGCUGCGUAAUCCAAAACAAUACCAAUCCCAUUACAUUCACACAUCAUACCUGUAAGAUUGAUUCAUAACAUUUUAACUUGGAAAUGACUGGUUGCAUUCUGCAUGCACACUGUACUAUUAGCUGUUUGUAUUAUGUCACUUGGUGAUUCCCUCAAAUAAUAUUUCUCUCUACAAUACUCAAUUUUAUUGUAGGAUGGAAAAAGGAAAAAAAAUUAAGUUGUAAAAAAUAAAAUACAUUUUAUCCAUAUUAAAUGUGGUAAAACUUAAAGAAUAUGGGAAGUAUUUUUAUGAACUGUACAUGCAUAAGUGCAAAAUGUCAUUGUAUAUACUGAGUGGGUGUUUUUUUUUUUUUUCAUUUAUAUCCAAAAAUGGUGAGGGGUUUAUGUUACUGUACUUUCAAUUAUAGUAACAAUAUUCCGUAUGAAUGACCUCUAUGCAUCAUGAGCAAUUGUACCUGGUUGUAGUCCUGUCACUUUGUUUUGGUCUCACUAUAGGGCAGUGUUUCCUAACCCUGGUCCUCAAGGCACACUGCUCUGCAUGUUUUAGAUAUUUCCUUCCUUAAUGUGCCUCAUUCAGUUGACUGCAGUUCAGCAAACACCUGUUAAUUGAAAUCAACUUUGCUGAAGCAAGGAAACAUCUAAAAUAUGCAGGGCAGUGUGCCUAGAAGACCAGAGUUGGGAAACACCGCUAUAGGGAGUGUGGAUCGGUGAAGUGAUGUUAUACCCAAAGAUCUCUCCAUAGCAAAAAAAAACUUUGAUUCUCAACAACUUGAUUGUCACAGAUCUUUCACAUUGAUAUUUGGAAUGAACUUACUGAUCAGCUUCACUCUUUCUGAUUUAGGUUAAGCCUUGGUGUCGCUAGUUUUUUUUUUAGCAGGAAAGACCAGCUGUUUUAUGUAUGUUUAUAUUGAAAAGGUUUAGAGGUCUGUGAUCUUAACUCUACAAAUAUAUAGACAAAACAAAUUCACAUGAAGGCGAAUAAAUUCAACAAAUGCUGAAAUUAUUAGAAACUUUUGUUUGUGAUGGUGGUGAUGUAUCACACUUGGUUGUAUUUACAUUUACAUGUGGUGAUAUGUAAAAGGUACAUAAUCAUCUAUAACUGUGUUAUUUAAUGUUGGUGCUCUCCUAUUCCAGCUAACUGAACAGACUGCCAUGAAGACAAUUUCUAUCACUUUUGAUGAACUGCUCUAAAUUUUAAGGGAGGUUAUAUUCUCACCAGCUCACUUACAUCUGAGCUGUUACAAUACAGCUCAGAUGUAACUUCUUUUAUGUUUUGAAACUCCAACUGAUUUAGACAUAACAGCAUAAGAAAUGUAUUUGUUACACAUUUAGCUGCUGCGUUGUCUUUGAAAAAUUCCUUGUUAUUUUUAUGUAGUUCAUAGUAAUGCUUGAAAGAAAACUACAGACAUUCCUUAGACAACUGCCUUUAGAUAUGGUAAAUUGCUGUCUUGACAUUCUGUUAUAAACCAAUUUUUUUGCAAAACAUCA